GAAGAGGGAUGGACGAGACCAUUCCACUCAUACUAUGUGGAACAGGUCUUCUUUUAGAAAGUGGGGUUCUCUUCCCGGAUAAAAAAGGAUUAUCCAGUUCAAUUCAAAGUCCUCUGGAAGACCCUGAUGUGCAACUCACAAAUGAAAAGCAGGCAGAUGAGAAAGCCAUUAAUGCUAUCGUUAUAAAUUCAGUAUCCGAAUUCAAUAUCACAGAUGGACCAGCCAAGGAAACCCCCAGUGAGAAAAAACUGUCAGAAUCCAGCAUAUCACUGUCCUCCCUUGAAGAAAGGCAGACGAAAUUUUCCUACCUCCAAAAUGAUACUUCAGUUCAUCCGAGAGACACUGAUGAGGACUGCGCCUCCCUUAUCCUCACCUGUCUGUUCUGCCAGUUUUUGGAUUGUCUUCUGAUGCUCCCGGACACGUGUGAAACUGUGUGUAUCAGCGUGUGCUGCCCCUCGCACAGGUACCAUCACGCCUCAGAUGAAAGCCACUCCCGGAAUGACUGCAACUGUAACUGGGACAUUGACUGCAGCCUUUUUGAAUGUCAUGAGACCAGUGAGUGUCUGGAGCUGGCCAUGGAGAUUUCAGAAAUCUGUUAUCGUUAGUGCCACAAAGGGACCACAUUCAGGCAGACCUUUUGGCCCUCAGGGGAAACUUCAUGACAAUGAGCCUGUGAUUUUCAUGUGCUGAAAUGUAAGGACUGUACACAUUUCUUGGAUGCUCUAGACCAUUUUAUUCUGCACCUGUCUGGGAAAAAGCUAGUAUUGUCAACUCAAUGGUCUUGUUCCAAAUUUCCCUACCGCAUGGCUCGCUGAAAAAUCAGAUCUUGAUCACAUGUGAUGAACAAAUCUUAAAUACUUCUUAAAUGCCAUAGGUACAAGAUGUUUCUUGACUGCAAAAUAGCAUGCAGAACCAUUCUGUGUUAUUGCACUCAUUGGCUUGCAUCAUGGAUUCAACUUCAUUCACAAAUUCAGGACAAAUUAGUGCAUUCUUUUAGAACUGACAUACAUUAGCUUGUCUUUCCAAUGGACUCAUGCAUAAACAUUAUGCAUUGUUGGUUAUUAUUAAUAAUGUAUUGUAUAACAUCAUUUUGUAAUUAAAAAUUUAUUUAUACAGUCUCUUAAAAUUCACUUAUAUGUACAGUUUAGGUAGGAAAGGGAAUUAAAUGAAUUAGAAACCGUGUUCCUGUAAUUACAACAGAUGUCUCUAAGACAUAUCCAGUGAAUUUUGAAUAUGAUGUACUUCGAGAGAGUACUGUAAUUCUAGGCCAUAUUAUUAUAUGCUUAUGACUAUGUCAUAACAGGUUAUGCAUAUUCUUAAUUUGUUACAGAAAAUCCUUUUUUUAUUCUAAUAAGCAGAAAUGGGAAUUAUGUGCAACUUUCAAGAAAAUGACCCCAGAUCAUCAAUUCUUCAUUUUCCUCAUUUCUGUUUGUCAGGUACAAUAAGCAACAGGAUAUUAAAACAGAACCAGUUCAUUUUACUAAAUGAUCAGUUGUGUAGGAACCCGAAAGAAAUACAUGUGCAGGUACUUAUUCAGCACUGAGUUUCCUAACACAGAAUGUGCUUCAGAAACCAUAUCUUUUUUCUUUUUCUGAAAAUUCAAGUGAUUCACAAUUAUAUUGAGCACUUCCUCAUAUUUACAACAAAUCUUUUUAAGAUGUGGUAUAAACUUAGAAAGCGACUUUUGACUCAAACAAAUUAAAACAAACAAUUCAAACAAAUUAAAACAAUUUUGGGGGGUUGAAGUCACUUGAAUUUUCUUUAGUCUCUGUAGGCAUGGCACUGCUCACAAACGUGUUCUUAAAUAUUCUAAUGGCGCUAUCUCACUACCUUCAUCAAAUGUAAAAAAACACACUUUAUCAAUAACCAAAGAAUACAAAAGUGAAAUGAGUCAAGGGAACUUUUAUGAUCGAGACAAACAACAACAACAACAAAUUCCAAAAUAUCUAUCUUUGCCUGACUUUGGCAACUUGGGACAAAAGGCAUACUUGGUUUGUGACUGUAGCCAACUAGCACAUUUUUCUACUAUGCAAUAACUUUCUUGAAACACUGAAAACUCUUAAUCUUUUGAAAAUAUUUUAAACUGCCCUUAUAAAAAACAUUGAACUGUUCUUGUCUUGUUCCUCGUAACCCAGUGUAUCUACGGCUACUGCAGACUUCGUCCCUGUUCAAUUAUCAUGUUAUCCACAAAGCACAGAGCAAGACAGAACCCAACCUUAUGAAACACUGUAGUCUCAAUUCUUUCUAGAAGCUUAGAGACAACUGUAUGUAUAGAACUUGCAGAUCUUUAGGAUGGAAAAAUAUAUACUAUUAAGCAGGGGACCUAAAGUAAUUGUUACCCAAUAUUUUCGUAAGAGAAAAACAGUCCCCCAAGUACUGACUGAUCCAAGAUCAUACAGUGAUUUAAUGGCAGUGUCAGAAACAAAGCGGUGAGUUCUAAUGGCCGUGCAUUACCCCAGGAUUCUCUACUUCUUAGUUCAGCUCUAUGCAGCUCCAUACAGGCAGCUGUAUACCUGUUCCAGUUGCUCAAAUAUCAAAAUACUACCAGACUGGCUCAGAAACAGUUGCUACUGUGAGCCUCCUUAGGGCUUCUCCCAUACUCCUAACCACCUGGCCUCUCUCCGAGCCCCCACCCACCUCCUCACGGUCCAGUCACUCAAGAAAGAACAUCUGGACCUGUAGAGAGUCUUUGGGAUCCUGUCCCAAUAAUAUAGUAUCUCAUCUCAUUAAUCAGGCCAUGUCAUAUAAAUGUUAAAUAUUUUGACUAUCAUCCCCUUACUCUUUCUAGUCUAUAUAACCCUCAAAUUGGGCAAAGAUGAUCCAUUUUAGAAGUGAACUGAAUACUUGUCAAUUAAAGACACAAAAAUUGUCAGCUCUUAUUUUAUACUGUGGUCAGAAUACUACAAGAUCCUUCUGUGGCCUCUCUUUCCAUGGUUUGUUAACUUAUUCCUCACUUUCAGAAUUUGCCAUGCUCUAAAAGAAAGGGUCGGUUAUACAAAGUGUGAAAUUUCUUCUCUUUAUCACCAAUAAUAAAACAUCAUCC